ACAAAUGUACUGCUCCGCGAACCAUCAACACUGUUGAUACCUGAGAGUAUUUUACAGUGGUUGAUACUACCAGACGCAGGCCUAAAAAAAACGUACUACAGUUUUACCAUCAUGGUAAAAGAGUAUAUUCAUCAAGGUUUUACCUUCAUGGUCAACAGUAUAUCAUGGUGUUUUUUUAAUAGUGCCAUGGAUGAAUGUGUGCAUUGUGCAAUGCCACCUAAAUCAUGUACUAUCUAGGAGGUACUGACGUGUUUAUCAAUGGUUCAACGACUUGCCCGCUUGGCGACGCCACAGAUAGUAUUCCAGAAUUGGUGAUUGGUUCCACAGUGUAAGAAAUGUGUAACUCUCACCGUGAUUUGUCUCCUUGGAUAAUCACUACAAUGAACACCGAAAUGCCUAAUCUCCGAAGAUUAAAACAAUCCCGGAUUACCCAUAAUAAUGUAUUUGGUCAUAGCAGUUCACUUUCAAAGCAAUUCAAUUUUUUGUCGUACCAUAAGUUGAUUCCACCAAGUCUUAGCUUAAUACAUUGUAAGUAGCACUUUCAGUGAAAUAAACUCCGAAAGUAUAGUAAGUGCUACAUGCGAUAGCGUUUUGAUCGUUUGAACAACUCGUGUAUGCGUGGACUAAUAUAGGCCAUGUGCGUUUGUGUCUAUCACUAUCUGUUUAUCCUCUGUUUUCUAUUUUUAAUACAAGUAUCCAGAAAGGAGCGUGUGCGAUCAUUUAAUCAUAUCAAUUUAAAUAAUGUUGGAAGCGACAGAGCGGGAAAAGGAUUUUGUUAAGACAAUGCAUGUAGUUUUGAUUCAUAAUCAUCCUUCUCUUCUGGAUGAAUGUUGUGAUUUGAUAAACAUGGAAUGGCCUCGAAGUAAAACGGCAAGAAUGAGGACACUGAAAAUGUCUUGUGAUACUUUACCUACUUGCCUGGCAUUAGUAGCAGAGAGUAAGGUCUUGGGACAUAGUAAAGUAUCUGCAAUAGGGAGCAUGCCUGGAGCUUGUUUUGUUGAAUCUGUUGUCAUUCAUCCUGAUUAUAGAGGAAAAGGACUGGGCAGAUUAAUCAUGUCAGAAACUGAGAAAUAUGCUGCAAGUCAGGGUAUCAAUACUGCAUAUUUGUCUACUAUUGACCAGCAAGAUUUUUACAAAAAACUUGGAUAUUCAGAAUGUGCUCCAGUCUCAAUAUACGGUUGCUUAGGACUAUAUUCCAAUGAAAAGACAGAAACUUGUGUUGGUAAUAUUAAAAAAGAACCUUUCACUAUGGAAAGGAUUCCUCUAUCUAGGACCAUUUCAGAUUGUUCAGUAUUUCCUUCAACAAUACCUCCUCCUCCACCCCUUCCAUCCCCAAUCAGAAGACCAGAGGUGGUAUGGCUUGAAGAAGGUUAUGGUAAAUUCUGCAAAGCAUUUAUGGAAAACAACAGUAAACAGAAUUGUAAUGAUCUGCAAGAUUAUUCCUUACAUGAAACUAGUGGGAAGGAAACUGUGACAUACAUCACUUUGACAAGGGUCGGAACAUGGGGUGUCAUGUUUGGGUGGCUUCUGGGAGCCAUGCUGCUAAUGGUGAGAUGCUGCUUCUUGGCUGAUUUUACGGUUAUGAAGAUUACUGUUGUAGGCGCGACUCCAAUUGAAGAAGAGGCACCAAAAGCAAGUCCAGAAUCAACCAAUUUAUCACCAGAAGAAAAUCCAAGUGCUACUCUGAAUGUUCCACCUAUUUUGUAAACUAUUCAGACCAGGCAUUUGAAUAGCUCAGAUUUAUAACUUUGGAAAAUAACUAUGGAUUGUUUUUUUCAAUAACUUGCAUAUUUAUUUAGCUAUUAUUUUUUGCCACAAUUUUUUAGCACUUUCGUUUGGAUUGCCCUAAUAUCACACAGAAAUGAGUGCUUUUGAACUUGUCUUUGUAAUCAUAUCAGUGUGUGACAUCUGGCAUAAAAUUGUAUGCAGUGUUGAUGAUAAACUAUAGUCUUGAUAGCAUUAUAUUCAAUGAAUUCUGAAUAUUUUAAACUUUAUAUUGCUUUUCUAAUGUAAUGACUUGUAAAAAUAAUUCCUAACAAUUUUUUCAGGACAAUUAGUGAUUACGGUGCUAUUAUUGUGAUAGUUGUAGUGAUUUUCAAUUUUUCAAGACUUUUGUACUAACUUCAUAUUUACAAAACUUGCAUGGUAAGCCUCACCAUAAAUACAUUCUCUUUCACUAUUGCAUUCCAUACUGCUUCAUAGACAAGCAGUUUGAUGCCGAAUAUGUUUGCUUGCCACAUUCUUAUGAACUGGGAGUCUAAUUUUAAGCUGAAAUCAGACUACUAUCCAUUUGGAGAAAAACUGAAUCACCUUCAUAAUAUUAUAGUACUUUGCGUAUAGCCUUCCUUGCAUUAAUAAAAUGCCAAUUAGUGUGAUUCCGUCCAAAACCAAAGAACUGGUAGUGUAAUUUUUAUUGUAUUUCUUUUAAGGAUAUAUUUAAUUUUUAUCUAAUAAGAAGUUAUUCAGUUUCAUAUUGAACAAACUUAAACUUUAAAAGAUUUAAUUGCAUUUAUGAUGUACAGCAUUUGUCAGUACAAAAUUUACAUCCCUAAUCACCUUGUUUGAAGUGCAUUUAUACAACAAUAUUUGUUCUACUUCUUAACUCUUUGAAUUAUGGAAAGGACAAUUUCACUUCAGCAUUUUCACUGAUCCUGUAUAGGUACUACUAUAUAUUCAGCAUUUAUUGAUGUCAGAGUGCUUCAUAUGUAUACACACACAUUUUUAUACCACUAUACUUGCACUGCAUUUGCUUUUUGAUAUUCAACAUAUUAUGUAGAAUUACCACUACGAUGUAAUGCAUUCACAUUUCAAGUUUCUAUUCUAUGCCUCUCUCUUUGAAUGCAAGUAGUACUGUGUAUGCAUGCGUGUCCAUCUUCAUAAAAAAGUUAAUUUUAAAACAUGGAGUGUAAUUAGUAUUAUUGUUAUUAUGGUUUUGUUGUGAUUGUACAUAUGAAAUAAAAAUAAUUUUGAGCUUAUAAUUAGUGCUUAAUUUCUUAAUUAACUAGCAUUAUUUCACAUACAUAGUAAAAAGCAUUAUAAAUUUAGUUGCCUGGGAUGAAAACUUGAUGUUAAGUUCCAAGGUGAGUGGCCUCAGUGCAACCUGAACUAAUUGCUGUCCCAUGUCACACUUACUGCACAAGGUAGCUUAAUUCCUGUCUGGCUGACUGUUCAAAAGACCUCUCUACAAGUGGACAGGAAUAAUGUGGUACGCAAAUAUGCUUUUGAAAAGUGGUAUUUUUAUCUUUCUACUAAUUGGAGUUAUGUCUGACUGGGUAAAAAUACCUGUGCUGGAUCCCCAAAAACAUGAAACAUCUGGUCCUUCCAGCCAGUUUUCUGCCCUUACGAGUUCCUCAAAUUUCCUAAAAGUUAGUACUUAUGCACCUGUGACAAAGCUUUCCAGUUCAAUCUAUCCUAAUGAUCCCAAUAAUGGGGGAAAAAUUCCAUUAGGAGAAGAGCAUAUCUUAGAGAAUGUGCAAAAUGAAAUGAAUUCUGAAGAGAGCUGGUUUACUCCAAAUACUUCUAUUAUAAGCUUCAAAAUGGAUGAAAAGAGCUCAAUCACUGAAAUUGAUCAUA